AUGUCAAGCUGGCGGGAGGAAUAUUCCACGGCCCUGCAUAUCAGGGAUCAGAGUGAGAAGGCAAAUAUCUCGGUCUUUGAUGCUUAUACACGCCUAGCCGAUCGGUCUGGCAAGUUAGAAAAGGAGCGAGUUGAAGCCAUCCGAUGUACCAAGGGUGUAUCGAAGUCCAAGUCCCCUGUCUCUCCUGAGAACAAGAAGCCACUUGGACCAGAUGAGAGUCAUCCGUCGCCGGGGCUAGACCCCUUGCUCGCUGCAAACCAAGAUUUGGCUGCUGCGCAAAAAUCACGAGAGGAGCUUUCAAACAAGUUAGAACAAGCCAUGUCAAGGCUAGAGAGGCUCACGAGGAAAGUGAAUGCAGAAACGCAACGGGCGGCAGAUCUAGCCGUGGAAAGAACACAGUUACAGAUCCGCUUGAAGGAUAGAGACGAGGAAUUGAGAGGGAAGGCUAAGCUACUUGAUGAUGUCCAAGAUGAGCUUGUUUCGGUCAAUUUACAGUUCAACAUGGCCGAGGAGCGAUCCAAGAGGUUUGAGGAAGAGAAUCAACAGCUGGUUGAUAGAUGGAUGGCGAGGAUGGGCCAGGAAGCUGAAGCUAUGAACAAGGCAUCGAAGUUUUCGCAACCUGGCCUUUGA